ACCGCCUCGCCAUCCGCACGCCGCGGUCCGAGAGGAGGAGCCCCGGGUGCCGCGCCAGCCGCCGGCACCGUCGCCGCUCCCGCCGGCACCCCAUGGAUAAGGCGGGCUCGCUGCACAGCUCGGUGCCCGGGCCGCCGCCCCGGCUCUACCUGCCGCGCAACUUCAGCUGCAGCGCCUGCCUCUAUGGCAGCCUGGCCGAGCAGUGCAGGGCGGGCUGCAGCCCCGACGGCGACGCCGCGCCCACGCCCGUGGUGCGGGAAGCGGCGGACGAGAAGCCGCCGCCGACCCGCGGCCGGGAGCCCACGCUGCCCGCCGUGCCCCCCAGCCCCACGCAGCGCCGCCGCGCCAAGUCGCUGCCAACGCCCGGCGACCGCAGCCUGCGCCCCGCGCUGCAGCAGAGCCCGUCGCGCCGCAAGACCGUGCGGUUCGCCGACUCGCUGGGGCUGGAGCUCACCUCCGUACACCUCUUCUGCGAGGCCGACCUGCCGCGGGUGCCGCUGCCCGCGCCGCCCACGCCGCGCCCCGCCGACCUUCUCAAGACCAGGAAGCCGCCGGCGCUGGGAGACCUGGAGCCGGUGCUGUUCGGGCCGCCGCCGCCGCUGCUGGAGCCGCUGUUCCCGCCGCAGCCCGGCGCCAGCCCCGGCUUCGCGGAGCGGGUGCGGCAGCACAAGGUGAGGCUGGAGUGGGUGCGGGCAGAGCCGGCGGGGCUGCGCGGGGCCGUGCGCGUCCUCAACCUCGCCUACGAGAAGGUGGUGUCGGUGCGCUACACGCUCAAUGGCUGGGCCAGCUGCGCCGAGGCUGCCGCCACGUACCAGCCGCCCGCGCCGACCGACGGCAUCAGCGACCGCUUCGCCUUCCUGCUGCCCCUGGGCGCCGCCGCCGCCGCCGCCGAGACCACGCUGGAGUUCGCCGUCCGCUACCGCGUCGCCGGCGCCGAGUACUGGGACAACAACGAGGGCAAGAACUACCGGCUGCGGGGCCGGCAGCGCGUCCCGCCCGCCCCAGGCCCCCCGCAGGACCCCGACAGCUCUGCCUGGAUCCACUUCAUCUGAAACGGGGAGCGCGGAGCCCGCGCAGGGCCGGGGGAGCCCUCCCGAGUUGUGUUUACAGAGGGGGAAUUUGUGUUUGCUGGGUUCUAGCGGGGCCGGGGGGAACCCUGGCUCGCCUCCCGGCGCUCACGGGCUGUGGGCAGGGAGGCCGGGCGCGGGUUCCCCCGCAGCGUCCCCGGCACUGUGGCUUCACCAAAGCAGCGGCUGCCGGCCGGGCUCCGGUGACAGGG